AUGAGGAAGCUCCUAGUGGAAGCAGCUCGGGUUGGCAAGCCUAGAGAUUACUACCAGUUACUUCUCCCCCUCUCAGUUGUUCCUUUGAUUACCCCACUCCAUGUGCAAAAGAUUCCAUUUGGGAGCAAAAAGCAAAAAGAAAAAGUGGACAAGGAGACGAAGAAGCUUCGCAAAUUUUUAAAAAUAUCUGGUGCAAAAAAUGUACAGUUGGAAGAAGCAGAGGAAGCGAAACAGAGGCGGUGGAGUGAUGGAGAGAAGGACGAACGAGAAAGAGAUGCUACGCCGAUGCAGUUAGACUACGAAGAAUAUGACGUGAAAGCACAAGAAAUUGUAAAAGGUUUUGAAAAAAAAAUGAAAAAAAUAUAUGACAACAAUUUAAGUGUCGACUUUUUUAACAACAUGGUUAUCGCAAAAGAGAAGCAAAAUUUUAACCUGUCCGAUUUAGCCCAAGUGGUUGUAAAGUCUUCCAAGGUGAUCUACUUUUUCCCUUAUAUGGCUAGCGACGCGCAGAGGAUUAUUUACCAUUUGAAAGUCAAGGAUAAUACAUGGAACCCUACUAUGUCUAACGACGGGCAACACAUUUUGUUGCAUAUCCCUCCACUGACGGAGGAUGUAAAAUUGAAGAAGAGGAAAGAAGCCAAGGAACUGUUGGAAAAAAUGAAAAAUGACCUGCGGAAUCUGCGGCACAGGAUGCGUGACGACAUUGGCAGGCUCCUCCAGGGCGAGGAGUGGAAGAUCGUCGAGCGGAACAAGCUGGACGGAUACAUAAAGGGGAAGGUCAAGGCGAUCGAGGAAAUAUACGCCCACUACGCGGGGUGA